GCAUGGAAAUAUGUCACAAAUUGCACAAAUUGAGUUAAUUGGAGAAGAUAAUGAGCCUGAAUACGCAGGACUUAAAUUAAGAAUCGGUGAUCAUAGAUCCUUUUAUCUUUGUAACCUGUGCUGUAAAGAUAUAGGUAAUCAUAUUACAGUCAAAAUGAAGAAAAUUCUGAUGAAGGAAAUGAUGGCUUGUUAA